AUGCCGAGAUCGUGCUGCAGCUGCCCAGGGGCCCUGCUGCUGGCCUUGCUGCUUCAGGUCUCUGUGGAAGUGAGUGGCUGGUGCCUGGAAAGCAGCCAGUGUCAGGACCUCACCACGGAAAGUAACCUGCUGGCGUGCAUCCGGGCCUGCAAGCCCGACCUCUCGGCCGAGACACCCGUGCUCCCCGGCAACGGCGACGAGCAGCCGCUGACCGAGAACCCCCGGAAGUACGUCAUGGGCCACUUCCGCUGGGACCGGUUUGGCCGCCGGAACGGCAGCGCGGGCCAGAAGCGCGAGGAAGAGGAGGUCGCGCUGGGCGAAGGCCGCGCCCCGCUGCCCGAGGGCGGCCCGGGGCUCCGCGGCGAUGGCGGCGAGGCCGGCCCGCGCGAGGGCAAGCGCUCCUACUCCAUGGAGCACUUCCGCUGGGGCAAGCCUGUGGGCAAGAAGCGGCGCCCGGUGAAGGUGUACCCCAACGGCGCCGAGGACGAGUCGGCCGAGGCCUUCCCGCUCGAGUUCAAGAGGGAGCUGGCCGGGGAGCGGCCUGAGCCGGCGCUCGGGCCCGAGGGCCCGGCCGAGGGCGUGGCGGCCCUGGCCGACCUGGAGUACGGCCUGCUGACCGAGGCCGAGGUGGCCGAGAAGAAGGACGGCGGGCCCUAUAAGAUGGAGCACUUCCGCUGGGGCAGCCCGCCCAAGGACAAGCGCUACGGCGGCUUCAUGACCUCCGAGAAGAGCCAGACCCCCCUGGUGACGCUCUUCAAAAACGCCAUCAUCAAGAACGCCCACAAGAAGGGCCAGUGAGGGCGCCGCGGGGCCCCGGGCUUCUCUCCCGGGAAGUCGACCCUAAGGCCCCCCUCUCCUCGCCCGCCCUCCGGCCGCCUCCCAGCCUGGGUGGGCUCCUCGCUCAGGCGGUGAUAGGCCGAUAGGCAGCCUCUUAAAGCCGUCUGUAGUUGGGAAAUAAAACCUUUCAAGUUUCAUGUCUGACUCCGACUUUGAAUGUCCACUGGGUGAAUAAAAUAAAAAUAC